AUGUUGAUUUCUAAACAAGUUAUUGUUUCUCUCCUUUUCUUUCUUCCUCUAUUCAUUCUUGUAGUAAACUCACUCAAAAUCCGGGAUAAUGAAGAGGAACCAAGUAUUCUUCUAAAACUCAAGAAAGAAUUUGGAAUCGAUCCAUCAUUAUUCUUAAAAUCAUGGAAUUCAAAUAAGUCUCAUCACUGUAAUUGGGAAGGUAUUCACUGUGAUAUCCAUCAUUCUGUUUCUGGAGUUUUACUUCGAAAUAUGAAUAUCACAGAGAAAAUUCCAAAUUCUUUAUGUGAUUUGAAAUACUUAACAGAAAUUGAUCUUAGUAUCAAUAAUAUUGGCGGUGAAUUCCCAAUUUCUAUCUUAAACUGUUCAAAGCUUCGGGUUUUAGAUCUUUCUGAUAAUGGAUUUUUUGGAAUAAUUCCGGAUGAUAUCGAUAGACUUCCAAAUGUUCGGGAUAUUAAUCUGGGAUAUAAUAAUUUCUUGGGUGGUAUACCUUCUUCUAUCGGAAGCUUGAAGUUUCUACAGAAUUUGACUCUUAAUAGCAAUCUUUUAACAGGUAGUUUCCCGCUGGAAAUCGGGAAUUUAUCAAACCUUAAUAUUCUUGAUUUGAGUAAUAAUAAUUAUUUUUUCCCGUCAAAAAUUCCGGAUGUGAUUCGUAAAUUGAUAAAACUGAAGAGCUUAUCGAUGUCAGAUACAAGUUUAUAUGGAAAAAUUCCGGAUUGGAUCGGUAAUUUUUCAAAUCUAGAAUUUCUGGACCUCACGAAGAACAAUUUAAGCGGGAAAAUUCCAGAGAGUUUGUUUCUAUCUAAGAAAUUAAAAUAUGUGGGGUUAGCAAAAAACAAACUGUCAAGUGAAAUUCCGAGAAAAAUCGAAUGUUUGAAUAUGGAAGGAAUCUAUCUUUCGAGUAAUGAGUUAACUGGUUUUAUUCCGGAAGGUAUUGUUAAAUUGAAGAAACUAACAAAUUUAGCUUUAUCUCGGAAUCGAUUAACGGGAAAAAUACCGGUGGGUAUUGGUUUGCUUCCAUUGCUUACCGAUAUUUUAUUUGGUGAUAACAACUUGUCAGGUGAACUGCCCCAAGAACUCGGUUUACAUUCUAAACUUGGAUUUCUUUAUGUAUCAAAUAACAAACUUUCAGGAAAUCUACCCGAAAAUUUAUGUUUUGGGGGAGAGUUGACCGCGGUAUUUGGGUCAUCAAAUUAUUUUACAGGAGAAUUGCCUAAGACACUCGCCAAUUGUCCUUAUCUAAUGCAAGUUUUAUUUGAAGAGAAUAUGUUAAGUGGUGAGAUUCCAGCUAAUUUUUGGUCACCUAUAAAUUUAAAAAUGGUAUACUUGAGGGAUAAUCUAUUUUCUGGGGAACUUCCAGAAAAAUUGGGUCCGAAUUUAGUGAUUCUUGACUUAGCCAAUAACAAUUUUUGUGGUAGUAUACCAAUUGGUGUUGGUUCACUUGAGCGCCUUAAGAUUCUUUCCUUAAGGUCAAAUAGAUUCAACGGGUCCAUCCCCAAAGAGAUUUGUCAAUUGCAGGAGCUCCAGAUAUUAGAUUUAUCAUUAAACAAUCUCUCCGGCCAUAUUCCAGAAAAUAUAGGGAGCUGGACUGCCCUUAGACAUAAUUCAGAGGGGCUUGCAACUUAUGGUGGUCUAGGAUUGGAGAUGGUAAUCAAAGGCGUCAUGGUACAAAUUCCGAAAUUAUAUGCAUUCAGCUCAAAUAUCGAUUUAUCAUGGAAUAUUCUUACCGGAAACAUCCCAAAAGAGAUUACCUUGUUAUCGCGACUCUCGUUGCUUAAUUUAUCUCAUAAUCAUUUUUCUGGUGAUAUCCCAAUUAAUAUCGGAAAUAUGUCUUCGCUGGAAUCCCUAGAUUUAAGUUCCAAUAAAUUAUCUGGACAUAUUCCAGGAUCUUUGGCAACAAUCAACACUCUUGGGUUCUUCAACCUUUCUUACAAUGAGUUUAGCGGCCGAAUUCCAACGGAGAGUCACUUUGAUACACUGAGUGUGGAUGGUUCCUCAUUUGCUGGGAAUAAUUUGUUGUGUGGAUCUCCAAUAAAGAAAGCUUGCGAAAGUGAUCGAAAUACUAGCAUCGAGGAACCUAAUCUAGUAAAUGAAGAUGAUAAAGUCAAGCAAGAGGAUGCAAAAGGCAAUAGUAGCACUAGGGAAACUAAUACAGUAAAUGAAGAUGAUAAAGUCGAGCAAGAGGAUGCAAAAGAUAAACUGUUAUUAUAUGCUAUAGUUAUCUUGGGGUUUAUAGUUGGAUUUUGGGGUCUCUUCAUUGUUCUUUUCUCGAAGAAAGAGAAAUGGUGGUUUCCAUAUUGGCGGUUUAUUGACUCAGUUGCCGUUGGAAUAAAUGAUUAUAUUCAGAAUAAACGAUUAAAAUAA